UAAAUAAAUACAAUAUUCCUGCUCAGAAAUUAAAUAAAGAAAUCAAAUUGAUAGCAUAAUUUCCACAUAAAUAAUUUAUACACAUAAACAACAAGGAGCAAGCUUUAGAUGAGCUGAACUGUAAACAAUUCCACAGACAGAUCUGGAAAAAGAUACCCAUUAAUUUCUUUGGUCAAUUCUUGAUCCAAGAUUAGAUAACCAUGUCGAGAAGGCCGGGAAAUCCUUCUAGGCGCAUAGGUGAAGGUGGAAUUCCUUUUAUUGGAUCACAUUCAAAAGCACGGCCGUCGCCUUUACUGCCUAUAGGCCUUGUGGUUUUGGGUGCGGUGCUUCUGAUUGUAUAUUGCUAUAGUGGGUCAGGUGGACAGAUCAGCGAAACAGAAGCAUUCAGUAAACUCGAAGGUGGUGGGUCAUGCACAGGAGAAGUCCAAAGAGCGAUACCUAUUCUUAAAAAAGCUUAUGGUGAUAGUAUGCGUAAAGUAUUGCAUGUAGGCCCCGACACUUGUUCUAUAGUAUCAAAGUUGUUGAAAGAAGAGGAAACAGAAGCCUGGGGCGUGGAACCAUACGAUUUAGACGAUGUGGAUGCAAGCUGCAAGGGUCUCGUGCGCAAAGGCUUUAUGCGUGUGGCUGAUAUCAAGUUUCCUCUGCCUUACCGGGCAAAAUCAUUUUCUCUUGUUAUAGUUUCAGAUGCGUUGGAUUACCUGUCUCCAAGAUAUCUCAAUAAAACUCUUCCUGAAUUAGCAAGGGUAUCUUCUGACGGUGUUGUUAUUUUUUCCGGUUAUCCAGGUCAGCAAAAAGCAAAAGUUGCUGAACUUUCAAAGUUUGGUCGUCCAGCGAAGUUCCGUAGCUCGACUUGGUGGAUAAGGUACUUUCUUCAGAAUAGCUUAGAAGAGAAUGAAGCUGCUUCAAAGAAAUUUGAGCAAGCUUCAGUAAAGAGAUCAUACAAACCAGGCUGCCAAAUUUUCCAUCUCAAAUCAAAUCAUUGAGAAUCCCUCUCUUCAUUGUAUAAUGUCUUCGCUUCCUACGCAUCUCGGCGAAAACCGUCCCAACGAUUGCCUUCGUCGCGUAGACUGCACCCUUUUACGGAUAGAGUAAAUUAUUUUGUGGAGACUAAAUUUGCGUUUAUUUUCCAGAAUUAUGUGAUAGAUAUUGAUUAUUUACUGCAGAAGUGAGUUUUAUGUGAAUUAAGUGCUGUAAUUCAUGCAUGUCUUUGUUUCACUAACUGCUGCUUAUGCUUCAAUGAUAGUUUUUUGUUUUGUUUU